CCAGCGGGUACCUGCUGGUGUUGCUUAAAAACUAACUUACACUCUACAUUCUGUAUUUAGUGGCCUGUUGGGAGGCGGCAGUCUGACUGCCUGAUUGUGUGAAGACGAUGAUGAGUUGUUGUAUGUGAUCAGCCAGCCCGUCCGCCUGCCAACCAACAAGCAAGCAAGCGAACGAACGAGCGAGCGAGCAAGCAAGCGAUUACGGUAGCAACUCAAGCAACCAGCCAGUUGUUGAUCGUACUUUGAGUUGGCAAUGUCUGUUGGACGCGCGCGCGUUUUAUCGCAACGUUUUUCGUAUUAUUAUUUAUUUUGAUUGCUAUAUAUUUGUAUUUGUCGUUAAUUUCUCGCCAAUCGGCCACAGCAGAUAUUUUUUUUUGUAACAACAAAUGCAAUUUUUCGCAAUGAAAUGUAAAACAAUUGUGUGUCGUCGUCGUAGUCGUUGCUAAAUUAUUUUUAUUGUGCAAAAUACCUAUGGAAUUUUAAAAGAAUUUUACAAUAAAAAAUGUCUAUGAAAGUGUAUCAAUAACAAAUCUUAAGGAUACACCUAUUUCCCAAAAUGAAUAUCUACCCUAAUGUGCGCUGCUAUUAAAGUAGAAGAAAUCCAGUUAUUGAAUCCAAGUGCCAUAACACAAGGCCUUUCAAGCAAAAAUGGAAAAAUCAAAAAGUGGCCCCUAGAAGGUGGAACCUUUAUUAGCCAGCCAGCACCAUUUGAUGCGUUCGCUUAUCUCUUAGCCACCAACCAGCCACCUAUCUGAGAUAUAUCUCUCGUCCUCCUUUAAACAACAGAAAAUCUAUACUAAAUGAUCCUGGCGGUACAAAAGAUCAAUCACAAUCGGUAACGAAUCUUAGCAAUAUGGAAGCUACUACCGCAACAACGCCAGCAGCAGGAGCAACGACAACAAAAUAUUAUAAUAAAACAAAACUACAACAGACCAGCAACAACAAUAACAAUCAUCAACACCCACAAAGUAAGAGUACAACAAACAACAGUAAGAAAAAUCAACAACAAACAUAUCGUGAUUUAGAUAGAGAUAGCCCAGAACCACAAAAGAAAUUAACAGCAAAACAAGCUAAACAAGCAGCCAAAUUAGCCGCGGCGGCUGCAGCAGCUCAGCAACAAAAUGCAAAAAAUGAUAACAGACAAGCGUCGCCACAACAGCAACAAUCGAAGGAUGUUGCUAAAACGAUGAGAGUAUUUCUGUCGACAGCUGUAGCAGCGGUGGCGGCGGCGACGGAGAAGGAAACUAAUUUGCAAACAAAAUCAAUACCUGCUAGCACACAACAGCAAAAACAACAACAAACAUCAGCUACAAUAGCUAACACCACCGCCAACAACAAUGCCAAUAAUAAUACAAAUGCGAAGGCUGCUGCAACAGCGUCGCCGGCGAAUAAUCGCAGCAGCAGUAGUACCAACAAUUUUGUAAAUAGCAUUAGUAAUAGUUCAAAUUUCAAUAAAAGUGAUAAUAGUUUGAAUAAACAUAGCAACAACAACAACAACAACAACAGUAGUAGUAAUAGUAGUAGUAAACACAAUCUAAGUGAUAAUCGACAACAACAGCAACAGCCACAAAGUAAUGACCAUCAGAACAGCACUAGUGAUACAUUAGUAAACACUGCUCUAGCAACAUCAGCAGUGUCAAAUGAGAGCAGCGCCUCUGCGGCGGCGUGGAAUAAUUCCAAAUAUUUACACAAAAAAUUUAAACGUUUAGCAAGUACAACAGAGAAUGAUGUGUUACAACAAGAGGCUGAAAAAUUGCGCACCACAUCAAUGUCAUCGGCCAGUUCAUCAGUUUCAUCACCACCGCCACUACCAACAACGCAGCUGGCGUUAUCACAGCAACAAGUUAAUGCCGGGACUUCCUCUGCUGCAACAGCGACUCAAAAGGAGGACUCUCGAGUGAAUCCCCCAAAAAGUGAGUCGAUGCAUUUAAGAAAUGGUUAUCUAAACAAACAGCAACAGAACGAGACGAUUACGGACAAUGCUGCUCUCUUGCAAAGUCAAGUCUUGUUGCAACUAGCUCAACAACAGCAACCUCAACAACAGACGCCACAACAAUUAAACCAUUCUAGCAGUAAUGCGGAUAUUGUUCAUAAUGCAGCUACCUUGCCCAACUCACCAGCAGUUGGUAGUGGUGGUGCUGUUGCGGUUGGUGGCGGUAGUGCUGUGAGUGCUGCCGUUAGCAGCGGAGGUCGUUAUAUAUGUCCCUAUUGCAAUUUAAGCUGUACCAAGCCCUCGGUGCUUCAGAAACAUAUUAGAGCCCAUACCAACGAACGCCCCUAUCCUUGUGACAUUUGUGGCAUUGCUUUCAAAACGAAAAGUAAUCUUUACAAGCAUCGCAGAUCUCGUUCACAUGCUGCCCGCCAGAAAGGUAUUGUAGUGCCACCCGAUGCAGAUGAUGGCCUAUCAGAUCAGGACGUUGAUCCUGAACUAAGCAACAGUAGUUCAGAAUUGUUAAGUCGCACUGGUUCGCCUUUGGAAGAGUUGACCAACAGCAGCCAUACAAACUCUCAGCAACUUAGUGAACCGCAUACCCUAAUUCCUACUCCCAUGAAUUCCGCCUCAUCUGCUGGGGCAUCGCCAUUACCACCUACCUCACCAAUUUCCUCCAGAACCGCCGCCUAUAUGCAACCAAGUCCUCAGCCACAGCUGCAGCAUCAACAUCAACUGCCUUUAGGUUCACCAGCCGCGGGUACCCUGCCUCCGGCAACAGCUAACAUCUCUGGCGCUACUAGCCAAAACAGCGGCAUUAGUUCGGCGGCAUUAACCACAUCUCAAAAGCAAGCCAUUGAUUAUAAGCCAUAUAAACCAAAAUUUCAUAAUGCCUCGCUAUAUGCAUCUCCCAAAGAGGAGGCAGCAGCAGUGGCCGCUGCAGCCGCAGCUGUAUCUUCUUUAGCGAUGGCAUCAACAACAUCAGAUACAAUGACUUUAGCCGGGGGCAUAAGUGAAAUAAUGACGCCACCACAACAACAGCAGACACCCCCGCAAUUUCAAACGCUUACGCAGCAGCAACAACAAAAACUUGUGGAAGCACAAUCCAGUAAUACCCCAGCACAGAGUCUAAGUCAUCAGCAAUUAUAUAUUGAGGAUCAAAAAUUAGUCUCAGCUCACCAAUCGUCUGCCGCCCACACAACAUUGGUGCAUAUGCCGCCGCAACCCUCACCCAACCAUGUGACUACACCGACACCACCCCACCAUCCUUCGCAGUCGCCAAGUACCCAAAUUAAGUUGAAUAAUCAUAUCAGUAGCCAUCAAUUGCAGCAGUUGCAGCAGCAACAGCAACAGCAACAAUUGCAUCAACUACAAAAUCAAGCCCCACCUCUACCACACCAUUUGCUGACUCAUGCAUCGCCUUUGAGCUUUUAUUUGAGUCAACCACCUCCUGGUGCACCAGCGGCUCUUUUGCAUCCCUCGGCCCACCUUAGCAAUCAAGCUUUUUUCAACCCCAUGGCAGCUGCUGCGGUGGUUGCUCAGCAACAGGCAUUUGCACUGCAUCUAAUGACUCCACAACAGCAGCAACAGUUCCAUCAUCAGUUGCAGCAUCAUCAGUUGCAGCAACAACAUUUACAGCAGCUACAACAUUCCGCCGCAGCAGUUGUUGCCGCCUCGCUUCAGCCACCGCAGCCAACACAAUCUCAAGCACCACCACCACCUCCUCUCUCUUUACCUCCUCCAGCUGCAUCUCAACAGCAGCAGCCCGUUGCUGCAGCCUCUACAGCCCAAAAUCAUUUAAAGGCAUCGCCAUCAUUAGUCUUAGGAGGGGGUGGUGUUGGUGGUAGCCUAAGACAGUCACCUGCCAACAAUACUCUACAUCAACCUAAACCUACUGCUGUUCCUGCCCCAUCUAAUAUUGUACAUCCCACCGCCCAACAAAGCCCUUUGCAUUAUCUGGUUAAUGCUGCAUCGGCAGCAACAGCUCUAAAUACUCAACCUCAAGUAGUUAGUAACAAAGUUGCCAUGGACGUUCUGGCCGAGCAAAAUCAGCAGCAACAACAACAGCAGGUGACAAUGGUAGGUCAGCGUUCCAAUACAAAUCUCUUACAAACCUCACACAGUGCAGGGAUUGGCGAAGUGACCCUGAACAAAGAAAAACUGAACGAGCAUAUUAAUAAAAUCAUAUCGCAAAACGAAGCCAUAGUGGAAAAUAAAGAACUUUUGCUACAAAAGAAAUAUCCUAAGACCCUGAAUAGAUCGCGCAGCUUUACAAAUGCCAAUAGUACCAAUCCCACGAGUUCAUCCAGCAACUCACAAUCUUUGCAGACAACAACGGGUGGUCCGCCCAGUGAAUCAGCCACAAAUGCAAAAUUGCAGCAGGUCAUAGUGCAAAAGCAACAACAACAGCAGCAGCUGCAGCAGCAACAAUAUAUCUACCAGCAGCAGCAACUGCAACAGCAACAACAUUUGCAAAAGCAACGUUUAAUAUUUGCUGAAAAAUCAAUGGAGGAAGCCCCCACCGCCGCUAUGCCCAUAAAUGGUACCUCAAAGCAUUUGGUGGCAAAACAUAUCCAGUUGCAAUCGCAGGCAGCUCUGGCACCGCAACAAAAUCUCCCACCCCACUCGCCAGCUCAAAUUCACCAAUAUCGAUCAAAUGUUCUCACCGUCGUACCCCCGCAUCAAAUGCAGCAGCAACAGCAGAUUCCUACUACAGCCGCUGCAGUAGUGCAGCCGCCGCCAUCGCAUAUGGUUAAUGUUCCCCUAAACUUGUCCUCGAAAUCAAAGCCCUCCAUAGUAUUGGAGGAACGCCUAGAUUUGUGUUCAAAGCAGCCGCAAGGUCCACUGCCCCAACAACCGCCUCCGGCCACACCACGGAAGAGACAUUCGAUAGAGCUGCAGCAUCAACAGCAGCAGUCCCCGGCCUCUCAAACUCUGAAUGUAGCCACCGUAAAUGAAGCUUCAAAUUCGUCAAACUCCAGCUCGCAGACCAACCAACCCCUAGCUGCCAGCUCGGCAGCAGGUGGCAAAUAUCCUCCCAAUAACUCUAUAAUUAAAAAUCUACUAUUGAAUGCCCGUGGCCUCGCGGUACCCAUGGGUGAGGGGGAAGAUGCUGUCUACAUAUGUCCCCUGUGCUCCAUGGAGUUUCGAACAGCUGAAGAUUUACAAUUGCACAACAGCACUUAUUGUCAAGGCAAUAACAGUAGUGCGAACUCUCCCGCCUCCUCACCAUCUCACAAAUAUUUUCGCUCCAAUAACAUGCCAUUGAAUAUGAGCGAUUUGAAAAUUCUCUCCAAAAACCCGCUUUCAUUGGCUAAACUUGCUUGGUCGCAAUUGAAAACUAAGCCCAGCAAUUUGGUGCUUAAUCGUUUGAGCGCUUCCCAGGCGAAUACCUCAAAGAGUAGCAGUACCACUACAACAUCGGCCACCACAACACAGCCCAGUAACAGCAGCUCUAUAACAAUGCAUUCUUUAUCAAGUACAUCGGUGGGUCACUCAGCCCCAUCAUCAUCGCCUGCCGCCAACAAUACUAUAGUGGCCAUAACUAAAUCUCCUUUGGCCCUUAAUGAAUUGCCCUCACGUUUUGUUGAUACGCCUCUACCCUCACCGGGACCUCUUUUGGGCAAAACUCCCCUAGUGGAUUAUACACCGAACGAUUCCAAGCACAAGUCGGAAGAAGUUAUCAUAACCAAAAUGCAUGAUGAUCGAAUGUACAACAAUGUCAACUUCAAUGAUCAUUUGGCCCUCAACAAACGGUUAAAAUUUGAUGCUGUGGAUAAAUUUGCCUCCACCAGCAGCAAGCGAAUAGCGAAUAUAACCAGCGGUGGAGAAAUGCAACCAUUAAAUGCUUUGGAACUCUCCAAGAAGGAAGAACGUUUGAAACGUUUCACUUCGUCCGGUGGCUGCAUGAUACCGCUUUCAGAAUGUGAUGAUGUGGACAAAAGCCCAAAAAUGAUUAGGACUCCCUUACUGUCAGGAGGCAGCUUUCAAGAGGUAUCACCUAAAAAGGAAUCAAAAUUGAACCUGCCCUUAAUUCAUACGUCUCAACUAACUCCGAAAUUGGGUUUGGGGUUGCCUUCGUCGUCAGCGCCACAGCAUUUUCAAUUUCCUCCCAUUAACCAAAUAACGGCUUACAAUCCUCUGACAUUGCCGCCAACGGAAAGGGUUAUACCCCAUGUACCGGGUAUGCCAGGGCCCAACAGUUUAACGCCACAAAUGCCCCUACCCAUAGCUACAGUUACAGCAAACCUGCAGCAACAGCCGCAACAGCAACAAUCUGCGGGAGGUCAACAACAGCAUCUACAAGUGCCACAACAGCAGAAGUCCAGAACGGUUAGCCCUAACCGCAAGCAAGCGUUAAGUCCUAUGAAUGUGGGCACAGGCAAUGAAGCUAAGACAGUGUCCACCUUUGGUGGUGUACAAAAUUUGCCCAGCGAAUUUGCCAAGGCUCCACCCUCAACAAAUAUGCGUAACGUAAGAAACUGGAAUUCAGCCGCCAACAAUAGCAACAGCAAUAGCAAAAAUAAUUUACAACCCACAGCUGGAGGAGAGGCGGCGAAGUCCUUUAAGUCUUUCAACUUUUUGCGCAUGGCCGAUAAUCUCAGUCCCCGCAAAGUCAUUGAAAAUAAACCACCAACAGAUGCUGAAACGCGCCACUUCAAUUUGGAAAGAGUGGCCAAAGAUCAGUUGAUAAUACAACAACCUAGCGCCAGUUCCGGUUCGAACAAAGCUCUUUCGCCAUCUGCCACAAAUCUUACACCUCUGCAUGUGGAUACCACCAGCCCGAGUGCAGGUGGAGAAAAUGUAGACACCACAAUGGGAGAGACCAAACCCAAAUCGAAAUUCCUUAGGCCAACAAGUUUACCUUUAAGACCAGGAACUUUUACCCCCAAGAGACAUCAUGGAAUUACUCCCACCGCCAAUACCUUGCCUUUGAUAUCACCCGAAACACCAAGGCCAUCCAAGGAAUGUGUCCAACUGUAUUUAAAUGGAAAUUCUUACACCUAUUUGGGUUUGAAAUCCAGCACCAAGACAUUCUACUGUACCCUGAACUGCCCACAGCCGUCAUAUGUGCAGGAUAUGCAUAAGCUGUCUAUGUACAGCAUGUGGCAGCAGUGUGCUGAAAAUAACCCUCAUCCCUUGGGUUUGAAACCCAAGGAAGUCAUGUCCCUCUAUGACUCCCGACAGAAGAUACAGAUCUACAACAUGGCCGAAAGUAAAAAACUUUCCUACACUGUGGUGGCCGCACAGCAAAUUGUGAUGACUCCCUUCCUGCAUACCCAAGACAAGUUUUAUCACCAUCAAUUGAAACCUAUUGCCAUUAGUGAUGCCGAUAAUAAUGCCUCUCCCUCCAAAGAGGAAAAUAAUAAAUCUCAACAAGAGGCUAAAGAUGCGGCCAAAGAUAUGUCCAGUUCUUCAGCUUCCACAUCAUCGGCUCAAACUUUGGUGGGUGGCUACGAAUCGAAUGAGAACUAUACCUACAUCAGAGGCCGGGGACGUGGUAAAUAUGUCUGCUCUGAAUGUGGAAUACGCUGCAAGAAACCCUCCAUGCUGAAGAAACACAUACGCACUCACACCGAUGUUAGGCCCUACACUUGCAAGCAUUGUAAUUUCAGCUUCAAGACCAAAGGCAAUCUGACCAAGCACAUGCAAUCCAAGACCCAUUAUAAGAAGUGCAUAGAAUUGGGCCUCAACCCAGGACCUAUGCCAGCCGAUGGUGAGUUUCUGGAACCUGAUAUGGAAUUCGAUCAGCAAUCCUCCACUUCUGCCGGCGGUAGGACCUCGUCCAUGGGCAAUGCAGAGUCCGAUUCUGAGGGUGAUUCCAGUGACAACGAAACCGAGAGCAGCAAUGAGUCAGAUUCGGCGGCGCGCUCCAAUGUGCCUGCGAGUAUGAAUGUCAAUGCAGCCGCAGAGGACAACAAAUCGCAUUUGGAACAUGAGGCGGCUAGAUGUCUGCUAUCGCUCUCCAUGACUCCUCCAAUACACACCCAGAACUCGGAAGUUGCCAACCAGGUGAUGGUGGCGACGACAGUAAUUGCAGCAUCUAUAACCUCCUCAUCCUCUACGACACCCACACCGGCCAUUAGGCGAGUAAUAUCGUAUACAUCUCCAAAGCCUCCCUUUGACUAUCACAAACAGGAACAGUACUACUCAAAUCCAGAAGAAGCCAUGCCCAAGAAACUUAACAAUGCUGCUGCGAAUAAUUUUGAAGCGGCACCAAUGGAUUUAACCAAGCCCCGCUGUCCAGAACCCGUCAUAAUGGUCUCAACCCCCAUAACUUCUGUCGGUGUAAAUCCAUCAACUAUCACCCAUACUCAGCCUAACAAACCACCCGCUUUGUCUUCUUUGCCGGGACCAGUGCAAACACAAGCCCAAAUUGAGGAUGUAAUAUUUGGAGGCAAUCGUGAUGAGUCAGGUCUUUUGAAAACAAUGAUUUCGGUUUCCUCCAAAGUGGCACGCAGCCAGCCGGGCAUAUCCGAAGAAGUGCGAAAUCUUAAUGAAGACAUGAUGCUAUACGACUACAGGCGCGAACAGACCCUGCAAUAUUAUAAAAUCAAACAAACUCAAUUGAGCCGCGGUUCGGGUACCAGUACAUCGAACGACAUUACCACCAACAUUUCUUCGCCCACUUAUCCUGCCUCCAUGGCGUCGACGACUACAAUAACUACGUGCGCUACACAGGUUUGUAACAGCGUAUCCUCGGUCAACUCAGUGGUGGUAAGCUCUCGGGAAUCUGUGGUAGCAACAAGCGAAUCUAAAAUGGAAGUAAUGUCUCUGAAAUUGCCAAAAAUAGAGAUUGUGGAGCAUGUCGAAACAGCAUCAACAGCAUCAGCUCCAGGUCCAUUGGUUAAUAAUGAGGUUCAGAAAACGUUUAAAUCUUCAGAUGAGAGCGAGGAAACUGAUGAAGAGCCACCUGCGAAAAAGCCCUCAUCGCAAAGUGAUGAAAAACUCGGACACAAUUCCAAUUUGCCCUCCGCCGUGUUGCAACCGGGUACCACAGACUUUUCCGGAGUACUUUCUGGUGGAGGUUCAAAUAGUAGCAAUUCGUCGCAACAACCCACACGUACCGUCAUAGUGGGCGAAGAUGGUUUCACAACGAAUAACAAUGAAAUUUUACCCGUGCAUCCACGGGUCCCAUCGCAUACCAAUGCCGACGGACGUCCCGUGUGUUCCAUAUGUACCAAAACUUUCCAAAAGCAAUCGCAGUUGGCCUUGCACAUGAACAUUCACUAUAUGGAGCGCAAAUACAAAUGUGAUCCGUGUGGGGUAUCCUUUCGCACACAGGGUCAUUUGCAGAAGCAUGAACGAUCGGAGGCCCAUAAAAACAAGGUCAUAAUGACUUCAACAUUUGGUGUGCCCACAACUUCGAAUCCCCGGCCUUUUGAGUGUACCGACUGCAAGAUAGCUUUUCGCAUACACGGCCAUUUGGCCAAACAUUUGAGAUCCAAGACACAUGUCCAAAAACUGGAAUGCUUGCAAAAAUUGCCUUUUGGCACCUAUGCGGAAAUCGAAAGGGCUGGCAUUAGUCUUACAGAGAUCGAUACCAGUGAUUGUGAGAACUCUUUGAUAUCAUUGCGUCUAUUGGCUCAAAAAUUAAUCGAAAAAGAUCCCACUUCAAAAUUGGGCAGCUAUACCACACCUUCGGGAGUGCAGGAUAAUAAUUCGAACACCGGUUUAGUGUCGCAAGACAGUGCCUCUGAAGAUGGUUUCCAAGCGGCAGCAAGUGCUGCAGCUUCAGCUAUAGCCUCUUUGGAUAAUGACAGUGCUGCCAAUACCCCUAGGCGAGCAAAUUCAACUUCAGAGGAUGAGGGCAUAGCACAGUCUUUGAAUAGCAAUCUGAAGAGACGUUUACCCGGUACCUUUAGCAAUGGCGAAGAUAGUGAUAAAGAUUUAUCCGAUUCCCUGCAUCAGGAUAAACGUUUGCGCCCAGAUAUGCCAGUGGCCCCUGAUGGUGUGGUUAAUCAUUUGAGUUCAGCUAGUCCUACGGCAAACUGACAUUAUAUUUUUGCCCAUCCCGAGAGAUGAAUAAUGGACAUAUUGUCGACGUCAUCAUUAUCAACGCCAUCUUCGUCGACCUCCUGACAGACAGCAACAACAACAACAACAGCUGCAUUGUCGACGCCGUUUGUGAUGAUGUCGGAGCAAAACUUAAGAAGAACCUGCUUAAGUUACAAUAACUUAAAUCACACUCAAUCACUAUAUCUUCAGGCUCAUCAUCGUCAUCCACCACCUAC